AUGAUAUAAUCUUAAUAUAAUUCUGAAUUAACGAAAGUUUUUGUCAUUUUUAAGUGGUAAUUGAUUAUUAUUGAUCAAAUAAUAAAAUAUCUCAAUACAAAAUUGAAGAUGGGUUGUGCUGCUGGAAAACCUGAGAAACCACUUAGUAAACAAAACUCUCCUUGUUCUCAUACAAUAGAGAAUAAAAAAUCAGUAUCUCUAAUGGUAGAAACUGAGAAAAUUGACGCAGAUUAUAUUUUUCAUGCUUUGGAUCCUUUAGUGAGUAAGCUCCUUAUAUAAUAAUUAAAAUAGGUCGAAGAAAUUAUAUAAAGAAGGCAGUUUCGAAGAGUAAUAAUGCUAGUCGAAUAGUGAAGGUUUAUAAUUGUUUAAAUUUGACAAAUACUGAAAAAUAAGAAUUAGAAAGAAUUGUAAAUAGCUAAUUGUAAAUUGUAAAACUUAUCAUAUAUUUAAGAAACAUCUAAACUUAGUCAAUCUAUAGUCUUAUUAUUACAAUGAUAAUAAAUUAUAUUUAGUAAGUGAAUUUUGUGAAGGAGGAAAUCUUUUAUCUUGUUUAGAUCAUUUUAGCAAACUACAACAAUAUAAGAUGAUAGAUUUGUUCUGUUAGAUUAUGGCAGGAGUUAGAUAUUUACAUAAUUAUGGCAUUGCACAUGGGUAUGUUAAGUUAUGGUAUUUUAGUAAUAUAUAACUCGAAAGCAUAGUAUUUACAAAUAGAAGCAUGGAUAUUGCAAAGUUAAUAGACUAUGGUAUACCUAGUUCUUUGAAAUCUGCUUGUUUAUAAUGGAGAUCUAAUGGAGGAAUUUAAGAAAUUUCAUUCAAGUCACCUGAAGCCUUAAAAUAACCAGGACUUACAACUACUAAAUCUGAUAUAUGGUCAUGUGGUUGUCUUUUGUAUUUCUUUUUAACUUCUCAUAUGCCAUUUUAAUCAAGAGAUGUUUAAGCAUUAAAAACAGCUAUUUAAAGAGGAAUAGUUAGUUUUGAUGGCACUGAAUGGAUGAAUAUUAAUCCAGAUAUGAAAUAACUUGUUAGUAAAAUGCUUAGUUCCAAUCCAUAAAUUAGACCUACAGCUGCUGAAGUUAUCAAUAAUCCUAUAUUUUUGAAUAGAGCAAAAAUUAUUACCAAACCCAAUAAAUAACUUUCUAAACAUAUGAAAGACUUUAAAGUAUUUUUAUUCAUCACUACUUUUAGUAAUAAUCAUAAAUGCAAAAUGCCAUGUUGAAUUAUAUUGCAGAAAAUAUGUUACAAGAACAAGAUAAAAAAAAAUUAAUGGAAGAAUUCUAAAAAUUUGAUUUAAAUAAAGAUGGAUAACUUACUAAAGAAGAACUCUUAAAAGUUUACAAUACUAUGUAUUCAUCUGAAUAAGCUACUCAAGAGGUUGAAGCCAUAUUCUCAAAAAUUGAUUAAAAUGGAAGUGGUAGGAUUGAUUACUCAGGUAUUUAAAUCUCUUUAUUCUUAGAAUUUGUCAUAGCUACUAUAGAUUAAAAAAAAUAUUUUAAUAGAGAAAAAUUGCUCAUUCUAUUUCAAUAAAUUGAUAGAGAUCAUAGUGGAUAAUUAAGCAAAUUAGAAGUUAAGAAACUAUUAAGAGACAUGUAAGUGCCUUAAGAAAAACUUGAUAAUUUAUCCAAAUAGCUAGAUCAAGAUGGUGAUGGCUAAAUAACUCAAGAAGAAUUUUUAUAAAUUAUGUUAUCUAUUGCAUGA